ACAUCACUCACCAUGUCCUCGCCCCCACGCUACACCGCAACGCAGUACGGCGCGGCCGACGACGACGGCUCGUCGGCGACCGCGCCGCUGCUCGGCGCCUCGUCGGCGCAGUCCAAGCCCCAGCUCGACGCGGCCUCCGCCAUCCCGUUCGCGCUCCAGGCGCAGGCGGCGUCCAGCUCCGCCGCCCGCAACGCGUGGAUGGAUACCCCCGACGACGACAUCCCCGACGACUUCAAGGUCGGCGUCGUCGUCAUGGACUGCGACGAGGCCAUCCGCCGCGCCUUCAUCCGCAAGGUGUACGCCAUCCUCCUCGCGCAGCUUGCCCUCACUGCCGCCGUGUCGGUCAGCCUGUCGUUCGACGGCCCGCGUAACUUUGUCCAGAACAACCCCUGGGUCAUCUUCACGUCCCUCAUCGGCUCGUUUGUCUCGCUAUUCGGCGUCUACUGGAAGCGCCACAACUACCCCGCCAACAUGUUUGUUCUUGCCGCCUUUACGUUCUUCGAGUCGAUCAUGAUCGGCUCGGUCACCAGCUACUACGACUCGAAGAUUGUUAUCCAGGCGCUGGUUAUCACGACUGGCGUGUUCGUGGGCCUUACCCUCUUCACGUUCCAGACCAAGCUCGACUUCUCGUCCUUCGGCCCGUUCCUCUUCGCUGGCAUCUGGGGUCUCCUCACUGCUGGCCUCGUCGGCAUCUUCCUGCCCUACAACCAGACGUUCGACCUCAUCAUCGCCAUCGCUGGCGUCGUCAUCUUCUCCGGUCUCAUCCUGUACGACACCCAGCAGAUCAUGAAGCGUCUGAGCGUCGACGAGGCCAUCCUUGGAUCCUUGACCCUCUAUCUCGACGCUUUGAACCUCUUCCUCUACGUUCUGCGCAUCCUCAACAACCAGCGCGACUAGAGUGAGAGCAGAGGGGCGUGAGAGUCUUCUAGCGACGCCGCGACCUCCCUUUUGCAUGGCCACACGACGAGAAUGUCGCUCGAGCGAGAGUUCAGACCCCCAUCGGCCAACUCCGACGAAGGGCAACCGAAGCCAUCUACCCCCAACCCCAAGUAUUAGUGUAACUCCGAUGUAUCCCCUUCUAACUUCA